GGGCAUGAUGACCGCCGUAGAGAUUUUCCGCCUCGGUGCUGAAAUUAUCCGGACGCGCGAUGGACAUCUGGCCUGGGUAAUUAUGGGCUGAUUGGGGAGAUUGCUGGGUAAUUGGAGGUGGAUGUUAACUGUUGGUGUCCCGCUUCUGGUGGAGAGAUGGACGAGGUUGCAUUGCCCGUUGAGUGGCGGGAAGGAGCAACAGCUGUUGAGCCGUUGCGCGAGCCAUCAGGUUUGCAACUUCCUGCAGAUGCGAUCCCACGUGCUUGCCCAUGGAAACUACGUUCGGAAGUCCGUCUUCACCUCAAAUAGUCACAGUCACACGCCGGGUUGGCGCACGACAACAGAGUACCUAGGUGUUGUAUAUAGCAACACAGAGCGUUUAAGGAAGUCCUCUAUAAUCUCUAAGGUAAUUGAGCUUUGAAAAAUAGUGUAACUAAGGUAUCCGUUGACUGUUAUUGCUGGCAGAAGUGACCAUCGCUCACUCUGUUUUAUAGAGUAAGCUACUUCAACAGGCGUGCCAACUCUACUCUAACCAUACUUACAGUCGCUAGUCCUCUUGUUGCAAGCGCUCUCAUUGAUCGCAAUGAUUUACUCCGCCUUGUACUGUUGCAUCCUCGCUCUGUACACCCUCUGGAGUGGCUCGCUUUGCUCAAUCGCACGCUUUGUAGCCAGCUUCCUGCUGUAGUGAAGCUUCUCCAAAGCCCGCCACACUGUCGAUAGAGAGCACUCCACGUCGUAAUCGUUGUAUAA